AUGGGCCCCUGUACCGCCUCCUCAUGCUGCUGCCAGGCCCCUAAUCUGCCAUGGGGCCCUGUACCGCCUCCUCAUGCUGCUGCCAGGUCCAGAGUCUCUCAUGGGUCCCUGUACGGCCUCCCAUUGCUGCUGUCUCCAUCGCCACACUCUGCCAUGUGCACUUUCAGGUCUCCUCACACACUGCUGGUGUGUUCCAUUUUUUGUCAUAGGGUGCUGGCAGAUUACGGGCCUCCCAUAGCUGCUGCCAGGCCCCUAAUCUGCCAUGGGCCCCUGUACCGCCUCCUCAUGCUGCUGCCAGGUCCAGGUCUCUCCCACGGCCUCCCAUUGUGCUGUCUCCAUGCUGCCAUGUGCCACUUUCAGGUCUCCUCACACUGCUGGUGUGUUCCAUUUUUUUGUCAUAGGGUGCUGGCAGAUUACGGGCCUCCCAUAGCUGCUGCCAGG